AUGGGGGGGAGCGAUUCUGCCAGAACCGAUUUGCUGGCCGAAAAACUCGGGGAGGAUCUCCGAGACCAGGAAGGGAUCAAAAUUGCGAGACUCCAAAAGAUGGUGGACGUCUGGGUGUGGGAUCUGGUCAACUCCAUCUCCCUCGAGGAGGUGGCGGAGAGGAUCGCGGAGGUAGGCGCUUGCGCGCGAGACUCCGUGAGAAUAGGGGUUAUACGCGCGACCCGAGAUGGACUCGGGUCAGUUUUGGUGCAAUGUUCUAGGUGCCUGGGGAUUGAGCACGUGAAGGCGGUGUGUCCUAGCAAAAUGGACCACAGUGGCUGCUGCUACCGCUGCGGUGCCCCGGGCCAUACAGCUCGCAGUUACGUGGCGGAGGCAUGCUGCCUAUCGUGUCGGUAA